ACCCAGACCGAGAACACGUGUGCGGGAGGGAGGCAGCGAGGAACACUCUUGGCCAGAAUUUGCUGUUUUUUUUCUCAAAUUUCCAGUUCCCACACAGUUUGGUGGCAGCGCUGCGCCCGGUGAUGGCGGCAACCCUGCACCAGACGGGGCUGCUCUUUGGAGGGUUUGCCCCAAAGAACCUCCUUGGUGUGUCAGAGGAUGAAGACGGCCACCUGCUGGUGUCCUUCAGGUCCUUCAUCAAGCGCUACAACGUCACUGACCGGCAGCAAGUGAGGAACUGGACCACCAAGAGCUGGCACCCCUUCACCAGUGCGGCAGUGUACCAGCGGGAGGGGAGCCGUGUGGUGGCCGUGGUGAGCGGGUCCAUCCUGGCCCAGUGGAGUCUGGAGCACCAUGACCUGGACAGCAGCAAGCGGUCCAGUUUUGAGACACCCAUCCACACCUUGCUGACCAGCGGAGACUCUGUGCUCGUUGUCUUUGCCACCGGCCAUGUGGAGAAGCUGUCAACUACUUUGUUGGCCUCUCGCAAGAAGCCACGGCCUGGCUUCUUGGGGGCUGAGGAGACCAUCACCUACGUGGAGAUUGUGAAGGAGGCCAGCCUGAUGGUGAUGCUGGCACAGAAGGAGGGCAGCUCCCCGACGCUGUACACGCUGCCGCUGGGGGAGUCUGUGAGCCAGCCGCAGGACAGCCACAGCCUCACCCUCAGCAAUGCUCACCUCACAGGGAUCUGUGCCAUGUCGUCAGCCAAGCUUGUGACGCUAUGGUCCACAGGAGCAAUCCACAUCUUUGAGUUCCAGCACGACUACCUCGAGAAGCUGCCGGGCCGCCUCCACACCACGGAGCAGCAAGCCGUGGCCGCCAAACCCACCAAGAUCCUGGAGCUGUCACCGAGCCACGUGGCGGUGGUGGGCCAGGACAAUGAGGACGAGGGCGGGGUAAUAGUCCUGCGUGACAUCAAGUUCGGCCUGGUGACCAGCACACAGCCCCUCAAGAUGUACUACCGGCCGCCGCAUGCCUGGGUCACUCCGAGCGGCCUGGUGGUGGUGGAGGGUGGCUCGCUGGCCCUCAUCCCCUUCACUGUCAAGGAGUCCAACCUGGCCACGGUCUUUGGCAGCAGGGUGGCAGAGACUAAAGGCUUCCCGUCUGAGAUGUGCCGCAACUGGGCUAAGGAGAACCUGCAGGAGGCUGUACCCAAGGAAGCCAAGGAGACCAUCUACAGCAAGAAGAGUGUAGAGCUGAACAAGGUGAUGCAGGAUGUCGACAGAGGAGCCCUUACGGAGAGCAUGAUGGCCACGGAGGUGAUUGCCCGCCUCAUAGAACUGAAGAAAUUGAACCUCCUACGGGAAGCCAUGAAUGUGUUUGUUGAUGUCCCUGAGUCCUCGCUGGUGGACGUCCUCACCUUCUACCUGGACCAGCCCAGCAUGGCCUUCGAGGGCUUGUGUGUGACCCCGCACAUGCCCAUGGAAUAUGACCCACAGGAGGAAGAGGGAGAGAAGGUGGUGUGUCCGUUUCAAGGAGCCAAAGCCUACUUCAUCAACGGUGUGCUGAGGCGGCCCUUCACAGAUGUCCAGCUGCUGGCGGCUCUCCCCAAGAUGUGCUUUGACCACGUCCUGAGCCUCAUCAAGUACCUCCACUUCCUCAUAGCAGCAGGAGAGGUGAACCUGAGCCCUGAGGAGAAGGAAGGCCCGUCCCUGAGGCAGGCAUCACUGUGGCUGAGUCUGCUGCUGGACACCAACUACCACCAGCUGGUCAUGAGCUCCGAGGUGGACAUUCACCGCCUGCUGCUCUCCUGCUUCACUCAAGUCUCCGGCAUGAUCAAGUUCCUGGAGGGCAUGGCAGACAUUGAGUUGCUGGCCAGAAGGAUAGUGAAGGGCGAGCCGCUGUCCAAACACACCCACACGUCGGCUCCUUACUCCCUGGAGCGCCUGGUCAUCCCCUGAGGCCUGGUGUUGGCUGGCAGGAGUGGCUUGACAGGUGUGUGUAAGCCUGUUCUGGCUCCUGUGGGUGUAGGUCUGCUCGGGCUCAUCUGUGACUGAUGGUGUGUGUGUGUGUGUAUUGUAUUUCAUAUUUAGUAAAAUUCAUAGAUUUAU